AUGAAAGACAAUACGCAUAGCACAACCCUAAUCUUCUUUGGAAAUGAGUUUCCCAACGAUGAUCUCAAAGGGCUGUUCCGCUGCCUGCUGCGGCUUAGCAAGGACCGCAGGUUUCGUCAACUGGCUGCCUUUCUCGAGGAGUCGACUUUGGUCCUCAAGAAAGAAGUCGCUGCACUUCCACAGCCCCUGAGGGAUCUCGUACCGCAUUUUCACACGGUAUUGCCCCUCGCGGAGCUUGGUGACUUUCGUCAAGGUCCUCUAGGGGCUGCUAUGGAGAGUGCACUCUUGACUGUGCUGGAACUUGGCAUGUUCAUAGGGCAUUAUGAAGCUGAAGGCCGUGACUGGAAUUUGCUUGAGCACAACACCACCCUUGCUGGCUUGAGUAUCGGCCUUUUAGCUGCUGCUGGUGUGGCCCUAUCCACCAACUUAGCAGAGGUCGCCCAGAAUGGAGCAGAGUGCGUUCGCGUGUCUUUUCGACUAGGAGUAUACGUCAGCGAGAUCUCGCGGAAACUCGAGGCGCCUCAAGCAGACGGUACAUUACUGAGCUGGGCUCAUGUUGUUACCGGAGAGACAAAGUCCGCCAUCCAAGACGAGCUGUCAAAAUACAACUCAGAAUCAGGCACGCCAGAGCUUCUUAAAGUCUUCAUUAGCGCUGCCGAUAAGACUUCCGUCAGUGUAAGCGGGCCGCCAUCACGCAUGAAAGCCUGCUUCAGCAGUUCGCACCUCUUGCGGUAUUCCAAGUCUUUCGCCCUCCCAGUAUACGACGGUCUAUGCCAUGCGUCGCAUCUGUAUAACGAGGACUCGAUCAACACAGUUAUCAACAGUGCAGAGUCAGUCAUUCCUGUCUCUCGUCCGGUGCAGCUUUCGCUUCAUUCUUCCAAUACUGGCCAGCCUUUCCCAGCGGCUACAGCUCACGAGCUGUUCCAAGCCAUCGGCAAGGAGCUGCUGACUGGUACCAUCUACCUUGACAACAUCAUUGACGGAAUCAUAAAACGCAUUGAAGGGUUCAACCCGAGUGAUCUUCAAGUCGAGACUUUUCGCACGUCAAUAGUGUUUAAGAGCGUACGAGCGGCUCUUGAGGGUGAGUUCCCUGACUUGGAGAUCAAGAUAACCGACUUGAUCCCUUGGGCUUUCAGAGACUAUGGUCCUCGUCUGCCGCGUUCUUUCGCCCAUUCGAAGCUGGCUGUUGUCGGUAUGGCCUGUCGUAUGCCGGGUGGUGGCAAUGAUACCGAGCUUUUCUGGGAGAUUCUGGAGCAGGGACGUGACGUUCACACAACAGUGCCGGCAGAUCGUUUCGACUUGUCGACUCAUUACGAUCCUAGUGGCAAAACAGAUAAUGCUGCAACGACUCCCUACGGUAACUUUGUUGAUAAACCGGGAUUGUUCGAUGCUGGGUUUUUCAACAUGUCGCCGAAAGAGGCUGAACAAACAGACCCUAUGCAGCGACUGGCGCUCGUCACUGCAUAUGAAGCUCUGGAGAUGGCCGGUGUAGUCCCCGGUCGAACUGCAUCGUCGAACCCCAAACGCAUUGGUACUUACUACGGGCAGGCGAGUGACGACUGGCGAGAACUGAAUGCCUCGCAGAACAUUGGCACAUACGCAGUGACGGGUGGUGUACGUGCCUUUGGCAACGGGCGCAUCAACUACUAUUUCAAGUUUCCUGGGCCCUCAUUCAACGUCGACACGGCCUGUUCUAGCGGGCUGGCUGCCGUCCAGGUCGCAUGCUCGGCUCUUUGGGCGGGGGAGGCGGAUACAGUUCUUGCUGGGGGCCUGAAUAUCAUCACCGACCCCGACAACUAUGCAGGUUUGGGGUGUGGUCACUUCCUCUCCAAAACAGGGCAGUGCAAGGUUUGGGACGAAACUGCGGACGGCUACUGUCGUGCUGAUGGGAUCGGCUCCGUCGUCAUCAAACGUUUGGAGGAUGCUGAGGCAGAUAACGAUAAUAUCAUCGCCGUCGUACUCUCUGCAGCUACGAAUCACUCAGCCGAGGCUAUCUCGAUCACCCAUCCCCACGCAGGGAAUCAGAAAGACAAUUACCGCCAGGUUAUCGAUAUGGCUGCCGUUAACCCGUUGGAUGUGAGCUAUAUUGAGCUUCAUGGAACAGGGACCCAGGCCGGUGACGCCGUGGAGUCUGAAUCUGUGCUCGAUGUAUUCGCGCCUCGAUCGCCGCCACGACGUCCCGAUCAGUUGUUACAGCUGGGUGCGGUCAAAAGCAAUAUCGGGCACGGUGAAGCGGCAGCAGGUAUUGCGUCGUUUCUGAAAGUGCUGUUAAUGUACCAGAAGAACAUGAUCCCCGCGCACAUUGGUAUUCAUACAGUUAUUAACCCGACUAUUCCCAAAGAUCUUGAACAGCGUCGGGUCCGGUUGACUCAGACGAACACGCCUUGGCCGCGUCUACCGGGUAAGAAACGGAUUGCAAUGGUCAACUCCUUUGGAGCUCAUGGUGGAAACACGACUGUUCUGUUGGAGGAUGCGCCUGAGCGUAACAAGGAUGUUGCCCGAGAGAACCGCUCGACUCAUACCGUCGUCAUAUCGGCCAAAUCUAAGAAGUCUCUCCAAGCCAAUAUUGCAAACCUAGCGCUGCAUCUGGAGGAGAAUCCUGACAUCGAUCUGGGCGAUUUGUCAUACACAACCUGCGCACGUCGCAUCCAUUACACUCUGCGCGUUGGCUUCGCGGUCUCGAGCAUCGCCGGGCUAAAGGAAGCCCUACGCAAGGCUGGCGAGAAAGAGGCUCUUGCUGAGGUCCGUCCAACACCAGGGGACGUUCCUCCGGUCGUUUUCGCCUUCACCGGCCAGGGAGCCUUCUACCAGGGCAUUGCCCGGGAGCUAUUCGAGUCAUUCUCUUACUUCCGUGACGAAGUAUUGCAACUUGACCACAUUGUCCAACGGCUUGGUUUCCAGUCCAUUGUGCCCGUGAUUGACGGAAGUAUUGGCGAGAAUCCAUCAGCAACCGUGUCGCAGCUUAGCAUUGUCGUGAUCGAGAUUGCGCUUGCGCAUCUCUGGACUCUACUGCUCGGCAUGCAACCUAGCGCCGUCAUCGGCCACAGUCUAGGCGAGUAUGCCGCGCUGGUCGUUGCGGGCGUCCUAUCUACCGCGGACGGUAUCUUCCUCGCCGGGCGACGUGCCCAGUUGAUUGAAAAGUGUUGUACAGCUGGCAGCCACGCGAUGUUGUCGGUUCGUGCAUCAGUAUCGGAGAUCAGCAAGCUUCUAGGCAAUGCCAAGUACGAGAUAUCCUGCCAGAAUACUCUCAACGAUACAGUUAUUGGCGGCACCAAGGCAAAUCUGGACGCUGCCCGUCAAGUUCUCGAGUCUAGCAGCAUUAAGUGUGUGCCGGUAGACGUGCCCUUUGCAUUUCACACCGAGCAGGUCGACCCAGUACUAGACCAACUAACCCGAGUCGCUGAGACUGUGCACUUCAAGGCCCCCAGUAUUCCAAUCAUAUCGCCAUUGUUGAGAAGCGUGGUGUUUGACGGCAAGACUAUCAAUUCCAGUUACUUGAUUAGAGCCACACGCGAGCCCGUCCACUUUGCUGGUGCCAUAGAGGCUGCGCAGGAUCUCGGCAUGGUGAAUGAUAAAACAGUAUGGGUCGAUGUUGGACCGCAUCCUAUUUGCGCUAGCUUUGUGCGCAGUUUGAUCCCCAAGGCGCGUGUCGCUUCGUCAUGCCGGAGAAAUGAGGACAACUAUGCAACGAUGGCGAAGAACCUUGUAGCUCUGCACCUGGCUGGUUGCACUCCUGUCUGGGACGAGUAUUUCCGGGCUAAUGAAAAGGCGUACAACCUGCUUACUCUGCCCAAAUACGCCUGGAACGAUGUCAACUACUGGAUCCAAUAUAUCGGCACAUGGACGUUGGAUAAGGCUCAUCUGAAGUAUACUGGAACAAAUGGACCACCGCAGGUUAAGCCGUCGUCUUCGGCAUUGCGCACAUCUCUGAUCCACGAAAUCAUCGAAGAGACCAUUGGCGAAGAAACGGCCACGCUCAAAACCGUCUCUGACUUGCAACACCCGGAAUUCCUCGAGGCUGUUCAUGGUCAUCGGAUGAAUAAUUGUGGCGUAGCAACAUCAUCAAUCUGGACCGACAUGUCGUUGACGGUUGGCGAAUAUCUGUAUAACAAACUAGCACCCGGAUCAAAGGUACACAUGAAUGUGGGCGAGCUUGAGGUCUUGCACGCAACUGUGGCCAAUCCUGCCAAAAACUGCACCCAGAACCUGUACCUUGACGCCCAUCUAGACUUACGCACGCAGAAGAUGUCACUUGCCUGGUUUAAUGUCGAUCCUGCAACUGGGAGCAAGGCAGCCGAAUCUUAUGCUACUGGAUCUGUGCGUUUCGAGGCUGAUGCGGAGAAGUGGAAGUCUGAAUGGGAGCGUCUGACACACUUGGUGCUCGGCCGAAUCGAGACAUUAGAGAGCAUGGCCAAGGACGGACAAGCAAGCCAGUUGUCCAAGGCGUUAUCCUAUGCCCUAUUCAAGAACGUGGUUGAUUACGCUGACCAUUAUCGCGGCAUGGAACGGGUGGUAAUGCACGACUAUGAAGCGUUCUGCGAUAUCAAGCUCACGCCAGAACGCCGAGGUAUGUUCCAUACGCCGCCGCACUGGAUCGAUAGUGUUUCCCAUCUUGCUGGUCUUAUCAUGAACGGGAGCGAUGCCUCCAACACCCGCGAUUACUUCUUCGUCACACCAGGCUAUGAGAGUUUCCGUUUGCUGGCAAAACUGGACCCUGACGUCAAGUAUCAGAGCUAUGUGCGCAUGUUCCCACUGCCAGAGGCCAACAUGUACGGAGGCGAUUUGUACAUUUUGCAGGAUAAUCAGAUCAUUGGCAUGGUUGGUCAUUUCAAGUUCAGACGAGUACCACGCCUGCUCAUGGAUCGAUUCUUUUCGGCUGAAGCAGCCUCAAAACAAUCAGUGGCGGCUUCUGCGUCUUCUGCGCCUAAGACUGCAACCAAACAUGCCCCGCUGCCGGCCUCCAAACCGGCCCAAGCACCAGCUGAACCAACACCCUCGUCGCUUCCCACAGUUCAAGCACAGAAUACCAGCCCCCCUCAACAAGUAACGCCGUCGAAACCCGCAAUGAACGGCGUGAAAACGCCUGAAGAGGAGAAGCCCGGCAAAGCAGAUGCCGAAGGUCCGAACGGAACGACCUCUCAACCAGAAGCGACCGGCGUAGUUGGCCAAUGCCUGCAAUUGAUCGCUAACGAGACAGGACAAAGCGUGAAUGAGUUGACACCGGAUGCCACUUUUGUGCAGCUAGGAGUUGACUCGCUCAUGUCACUUGUGCUCUCAGAGAAAUUCCGGGCCGAGCUUGGUUUGGAGGUCAAGAGCUCGCUUUUCCUAGAGUGCCCGACAGUUGGAGAUAUGAUGGACUGGUUAGAGCAGUACUGUUAG